UCUCUGCCGUCGGUGAUAAGCCUCCGGCAUCCCGGCACAUGUACGCGCGCGUUGUUUGGUCGGCACACAACACAUUAGAACGCACUAUAUAUACAUACGGUAUUUUUUUCUUCGUUUCGGUCGCGUCAUUAUAAUAAUCCCGAAAAGUGUCACGAGCCCGACCCAGCACACUCACAUAUCCGCCCGCUAUAUUAUAUAGUCGUAGUCGUAGUCUUCCGCGCGCACCGUCCAAAUACGUCCUUCGCGCUCGUCUUACUGUUUAAAAAAAAAAUCGAAUUUCCGGUCGAAUUUUAUUCGUUUUUCCGUCGCGAGUGUGUGCGUCUGUGACGAGAGUUUUUCUCUCCUUAUCUAUCGUUCCCGUCGAUUGAUACCCAGAUCAUCCUAGCAGCAGAGGACUGCAGCGUGACCGUCGGCUGAAAACAUAACGCACUCCACAUAUCCACCAGACUCUUCUGCAAAUACGUGUGGCAUUUAGAUAGGAAUCCACGGUUGCACAAUACCUAAUAUUAUUAUAGUCGUGCCGAGUCCACAAUGACGACGCGUCAUAAGUUUCUACUAUUGGCGGCAACGCUUUUGGCCUUUUACGGUACCGCUGGAGCUCAAUCACGCGGCGCCGCCGGGCCAGUCGGCCGGAGCAUUUGCGACACUUGCGCGUGCACUCCCGACAACGUCACUCCCGUCACGGUCAACUGCACAUGUACGAAGACAAAACUGCUGAUCGUCCGGGAACAGGACACCGCGAUCCUGUCGUCCGUCAGGGAUUUGACACUGGCCAGUUGCGGCUUCGUGUCGCUGCCGUCGUCCGGGCUGUCGAGCUCGACAUCGCUGGCCCGCGUCACGGUGCGUGACAUGAAACUGUUCCAUUACACGGCCGGCUUGUUCCCGGCACUAGAGAGCCUGUCCGUCGAGGACGUCGGCGAGCUGGUUCUCGAUGGUUUCGGGCCAGCCAACCGGACGCUCCGUCACCUGACGCUCCGCCGCACCACCGUACUCAGGCUGGUCAAGGGCACUGUGACGGCAGCCGCACCGCUGCGCCGGGUCCUGUUCGACCGGGUGGACGUGGACGAGAUCGAAUCUGGAGCGCUGGACAUGUCGUUCGUCAGCGACAGUGACAACGGCCAACAGGCGGCCGCCGACGGGUUCACAGUCGUUGAUUCUACGAUCAAAUCGGUGCAGACGGGUGGCGUAACGGUACGGUCUGGCGCCGUCAGGAUCCUGAACAGCACGCUGGAUGACUUGGCGUCCGGCGCUGUGGUGGUGGACGACGCGCGCGGCGGCAUCCGGCUGUCCGGCAACCGUCUGGGCGAGAUGACGGGCGACAGCGUGUCCGCGAUCCGGUGGGACGGUGACGCGUCUGUACACGUGGACGGAAACGUGUUCCGCACACUUCCGGCUGACAUGCAGCUCCUUCGGUCCGAGCGGCCCGCCGAGUUCGUCGGAAACGACGUGGACAGCGUGGAUCUGAGUCCGUUCCUUUUCGGGCUGGGGCCCGUUGUCCGGGCGUCUGACAACCGGUUCACAUGUGACUGUGACCCGCGACGCAUUAGCGUGCUGAAGCUCAACCAGGUGUUCCCGGGCCUGAUGCAGCCGGACACCGACAGCCGGUUUGCCCGUUUGCUGGCGGAAAACUACUGCCGGCAGCCGGCCAACACUACGCUUGCCGGUUACAGGGACUUGCUAGUCAGGGAGAUUGCAUGCAAGGGCGCCAACUUGACCGUGGUCCAGCCACCUCACUCGUCAACGGCCCAGUCACCACCGUCCAGGGACACCGCGGCCCCUAACCAUGGUAACACGGUCGGUACCGCCACUGCCGUGUACGUUACCGCAGCCGCCGUCGCCACUUCGUUGCUGCUGCGUAACCUCUCGGUCAGCUGAACGCCUAAAAUGGUGUCCUAAAUCGAAUUUCUUAUUUUUUUUUUUUUUUAACCAUCUUUUUCAAUCUUUUACGACAAAAAACACUACACCAUCGCAAUGCCGAACUGUUUUGAAACUUUAAAUCAUAAUCAUAUGUAUCAUUACGUAAAUCGGUUUAAAUUUUAUUUUUAUUUUUAUAUUCCUACUUUGAAACUGUAUAGGUACAACUGAUGCGCUGUUCCUCAACAUAUAAAAAUGAUAUUAGAUAUUAAUUUGUAAAUAUUAUAAUAUAUUAAGAUAAACAGUGUAUUUUUAUAUUUUGAGACAUUAAAAACAUUUUGUAUAUCUUUUCA